AUGGUUAAAGCAAGUUUGGCCAGAGAAUGGUCCAUCUGGGACCAAUUGAUGGUUCGUAAGCAAAUGAACCAAGAGUCUCGGGACGAAGAGUCCACGCUUCCUCUUUCUGAGAAACAAGAGCUACAGCAAGAGCCUCAAUACUAUCAUUCUGAGAAACGUCAAAAGACAAGCAAAUGGAAAGGUGCUUUGUACGGAGUUGGUCUUUACCUUUUGGUCAACACCCUCUUUUCUUGCUACAGCGGUAACCUGCCAUGGAAAUCCUCGUCUGUUGCUCCGUACGAGCUGUCUGAGCCAGCACCAGAGCCAGCACCCGUUACCGAGGUCUACGAGGUUGGCUUCCCAAUUUACGGAUUCGGAGUGCCGGUUUUCGAGCAGCACAUUUUGAACCAUACUUUUGGCAACAGUUGGGGCCACCCUUUCGAGGCAUCCUACAUCAAGCCUAACUUCACCUUCAAUAGAGUCGUUGUCUCCUUGGAUACCUGGGUUGACGGAGUUCAAUACGACCGCCUUGCCCAUUUGUAUGUUGACGGCAUUGAGGUUUGGAGAACAAGCACCAUCGAGCCGCACGGAAACCUGUCCCAUUCUCACACAGAGAAAGAUGUGUCCUGGUACUCCAACCUGUUCAAGGGUGAUGCAACCAUCCUUUUCCAGCUGGACAAUAUCGUGACUCCAAGACUCACUGGUGAAUUCAACGUCAGCUUGAGCAUCAAGUAUUACGACUACAAACCAGCUGGUCCAAAGGCUCCUAUUCCAGACCAGGUGUAUCCUUUGGUGAAGGCCCCUGCCGAUAGACCGCCUUUGCUCUAUUUACCCGACUCCGACUUUGAUACCGUUGUUCCUCAAUUGAGUGCCAACACCACUCGUGUUGCGCUGCAAUUAUACGUUUCGGGUAAUGCUGAGGAGGAGUUCUGGUACUCCAACGUUUUGGAGGAGCACAAGACUCUGUUUGGAAAGUCCUAUCCGGGCCACGGUCCUUGCCGUACCAUCAACGUUUUCGCAGAUGGUAUCCGUAUUUUGAGUGUCAACCCAUUCGUGGUUGUCUACACCGGCGGCAUCUCGCCAUCUCUGUGGAACCCAAUUGUCUCGACUGGUGCUUUUGAUGUCAAGGCUUUGGAGCUGGAUGUCACUCCAUUGCUGCCACUUUUCUGGGACAAAUCGACCCAACUUUCUAUCGAAGUCUCGAACUGUGUGGACGACGACUUGAAGAUUGGCCAAGUGCCAAAUGGUGUUGGAUCCAACUGGAUCGCUUCCGGUAACGUUGUCACCUGGGAAGACCCUCUGGUGGUGGAUUCCACGGGAGAGAUUCUUUCGUUUGAAAAUAAAACGUCUGUCUCGGCAAUUGCGAUUGCUCCACCUUUCAGCGGAUUCUACACCCAGAUCGUGAACGCAAAAUACUCAAACAAGAUCAACUCUACUCUUAACUAUACCUUGUCCAAUGGAACUGUUGAUUCUCACGUUGUUGAGCUCUAUAACAAGGCCAAGCACAGCAACAUUCUGCUGUUCACCAAAGCUGGCCAGACCGAGUCCUUGGUGGCUGUUCCAUCCUUCUCUCUGUCCACUGCUAAGAUUGAUCCUGUCACCAACAAGACACUCAGAAGCGUGAAUUCGACUUUCGCACAGCCAUUGAUCUCCAAGAUCGGAACCACCGCGGGAAUUGCAGGCGACAUUGAUCUCGAAGUCAACAUCACCAAGAGUUUCAGCCACAAGACCAAGAUCGACGGGUUGACUGUGCUCAAGGGAACCAGCCACGAAAACGGAACCUCCAACUUCACCAUCUCUCCAACAGGUAACCACGGAGAAGCCGUGGUGGAGCACCAAUUGAACCUGACCAUGUCUGCUCCAUUACCAAGCUUUGAGUACGCAAGACACGCUCUUGCCGACCACGGCGUGGUGGUGUACGACACUGGUCUUCCAGAUGCCAUGUCUCUUGAGGACUUGAUCUCUUUUUACGAGGAAGAGGCCGCCAACCUGCGCGAAUACGCUUCUGAGGACCUGGCCAUGGAACAAAUGGACACUUUGGAUCACUCGCUUGAUUUAGACUUCAGACUUUUGGUAUUUGAGAUCGAGGUGGCAGAGGUCUCAUUGAUAGCCGAGUUGGCCCACAUCGUUGUGAUUGGCAGAGAGACUCCAAUGAGAGCGGUCACAAUGGCCAUCAGAGACUGGUUGGAGCUCUGGGUACUGCUCAUGGACUUGAACGACGCCACAAUGAUCACAGAUGGAAUGAUCAUGGUCUGGAACGACAUGAUGAAAAGUAUGUGGAAGAUACUGAACUGUUUCAGUCCCAAGAACUUUCUGGUGCGGAUAGCGAUGAAAAGUUUGGAUGCCAAGAUGGUGGACACGACGAACGAUGAGCAGGCACUUGUCGUUGAUCUCGUAGCCGGAAAAGUGGUAUGUCAACGACCAGUAAGUCUUGAACAAUGUGCAGAUGUACAUUAUGGAGUGGACGAACAACGUUCCAAUGUACAACUGGUUGAUCACAAACAGCACGGUUUUCUUGUUCUUGGUCACGAUGUAUAUGAUUGGGAAGAGAACCGUAGCAAAGCCCAAUCUCAGACCAAAGAUAACAGCGUAUUGCAUCACGGUCUUUGCUCUGGUGUCGAGAUCAUGGAAAGUGACUUGAGUGAAGCCAUAAGGAGAAGUGUAGUUCAACACAACGUUGUACGGAUUAAUAUCGUCAGAAGUGAAGUCGGACAUCGCAAUUAG